AUUAUUUUAUGUCAAUUUACUAACAACGUAGGGGUGAACCGAUCAAUUUCAUUAGUUUAUAUCAAUUUACUCUUUUGAGAGAUCUAGGCUUCGGGUUUCGAACCAGAUCUCGAAUCAUGGCUUCUUCAAAGAUAAUCACUCUCAGAAGCUCAGAAGGUGAGGACUUCGGCCUCGAUGUGGUGGCGGCGAUGGAGUUGCUGGUGAUCAAGCCCAUGAUCGAGGAGUUGCAGGUGAUCAAGCCCAUGAUCGACAAUGCGAUUCCGUUGCCGAACGUCACCAGCAAGAUCCUUGCAAAGGUGAUCGAGUACUGCAAGAAGCACGUUGAAACUCCUAAGGCGGAGGAACACGCCGUCAAUGAUGAACUCAAGGCUUGGGAUGCUGAUUUCGUCAAAGUCGAUCAGGCCACCCUCUUUGACCUCAUCUUGGCAGCAGAUUAUCUAGAUAUCAAGAGCCUGUCGGAUUUGACCUGCCAAACUGUUGCUGACAUGAUGAAGGGAAAGACUGCGGAGGAAAUUCGCAAGACACUCAACAUCAAGAAUGACCUCACUCCAGAGGAAGAGGAGGAGAUCCGGAGAGAGAACCGAUGGAUAUUUGAUUAAGGAGGAUGUCCAGAGUGAGAACCAAUGGGCAACUGAGUAAAGAACUAGGAAGCUAGUUUCCUUCGUCUUAAUUACCUUUACUUUGUACGUAAGGGUUGGCUCUGCAAUCAACCCAGGUUACCUCAUGGAGACUUAACCUUACUUCAUUGCAUAGAACCUAGUUAUUUUCAAAUAUGCUUGGAUGGUUUCCUACCAUUUUGUCUA